CGUCCAGUAACGCCAAAGCUGCCAAAAUAUCCCCCAAAGAAGAAGAGUUGCGGAAGUAGAAACACUCAGCUUCCGCUCGUACCCUCCAGCUUCGCUCGGAUACAGCCACCUAGACCUGGUGCUGCUGAGGUCCCAACAGUCCAGCCAGCUUCAACUAUCGUCCCCGUCAGCGCAGCAAUGGAUCACAGCGUUGCCCGUGAGGAGCCUGUAGGCAGAAGUCCCCCGAGUUCUGCUUCUAGGACACCUGUUGUUACCAUGGGACAACCAUCUCAGAGCCCUCAAAAGCCCAAACAAACAAUUAAUCCCUUCCACAAUUCCCCCAUAGUCAACAGUAGUGCAUUUCUGUGCAGCAAAAGAUUUGGAGCAGCAUCUGGGAAACCACUACCCAGCUUGCUCCUUGGUACUCCCAGACUUCUCAUUGCUCCACCCGUCAGAGACAGACUUGCUGCUGCUACCUCCGGGAGCUCAGAGAAACAGUCUCCCAGUUCAGGUUCUGUACAGGCAGCGACAGACGUAACAGCACAAGCAAGUCCUCUGGUUGUCAAGCCAGCUGGAAAGAAGACGCCAAAGUUGGCCCAGACUGACACGUUGAAGCCUGGGCCGCCUCCUGAUACAGGGCUUCAUCCAAGCCAGAAAGGCCCAGAGAGCAGCGCUGUGACCACCUCAGCCAAACCCCAAGCUGCUGUGAAGAGAAAGAAGAGGAAAAUGGGAAUGUACAACCUGGUCCCCAAAAAAAAGGCCAAGGUCCUCAAACAGCAGGAGAAGCCGAAAGAGGAGCCUGGAAACAAUGUGGAAAAGAACCUAGCCACAGCAGAUGAGGAACCAGUGAUACCACCACCGGAGACUGUGAAGGCUGGAGAACAAACCAGAAAUGAAUCACUGGGGGAAGAGGUGGGGUCUGGUGAAGGUGGCCCUAUUGAAUACACAGAGCUGGCUUUGGACUGCCUGGACCUGAAAGCCCAGGAGGAUCUGCUCUCACCACCCCUGUCAGGUGCUGCAGCAGAUGCUGCGGUGACUGAGACGGACCUGGCUGAGGAGUUACCACUGUGCUGCUGUCGUAUGGAAACGCCUAACACUGGAGGGAGCCUUUCUGCAGUGGAUCAGACCUGCAUGGCCGUGGAGAGCACAGAUGGAAUGCUGAAUCGUUGCCAAAGAAAAGUGAUGAAGCAGGAAAUGAUGCGACCCUCCAACACAGUGCAUCUGCUGGUUCUGUGUGAGGACCACCGGGCUGGCAUGGUAAAACACCAGUGCUGCCCCGGCUGUGGAAUCUUCUGUAGGGCGGGCACCUUCAUGGAGUGCAGGCCAUAUGGAAACAUCUCCCACCGCUUUCACCGUGACUGUGCCUCCAUUCUGAAGGACUGCAGGUUUUGCCCGCACUGUGGAGAGGAUGCCACGGGGGCAAAGGAGGUCACAGUGCCGAAAGCUGAUACGCUGCCCUCGGUGCCCAGAUCAAACCCUGGACCGGUACUCCCUGCUGUUCCCACUGUGGCCACCCUGCCCUCGAUGCCAACCAUGCCAACCGUGUCUGCGGUUCCACAGAUGCUCAGAGCGAAGAAGACCAGCGAGCCGCACAGGGGCAGAGAUGAGAGCCCAACUAGCGUAAAGAGUGAGGCGGUGUGUGCUGCAGAUACACUUCCUAAAGAGUCACUGGAGAGCAUCCUGAUGGCUCUGGAUGAUGAAAAUCUAAAACCAAAGAAAGUGAAAUACCCCACCAGGCAGCUGUACAUCUCUGCAAAGCAAGGAGAUCUCCAGAAGGUCAUUCAUCUUCUAGUUGAUGGGAAGGAUCCUAACUUUUUGAUGGAGGGCCAGAACAAACGCACCCCACUCCAUGCAGCAGCUGCUGAGGGUCACCAGGAGAUCUGCCACAUGCUGGUGCAGGCUGGAGCCAACCUGGACAUGGUGGAUGAGGAGCAGAGGACGCCACUGAUGGCAGCCUGUGAAAACAACCAUCCGGACACAGUGAAGUACCUGCUCAGAGCUGGAGCAGCCAUCGGCCAAAAGGAUAUCAUGGGUUUCACCUGUCUGCAUCUGGCAGCUAAACUGGGCCAUUACGAUGUAGUCCAUCUCCUGCUCUCCAAGGCAUCCAAAUACAUUAACUGCCAGGAUGAGGGUGGUUGGACUCCCAUCACCUGGGCCAUUGAGUACAAACACACGGAGCUGGUCUAUCUGCUGCUAGCCAGAGGGGCAGAUGUUAACAUCAGAGACAAGGAAGAGAAUGUCUGCCUGCACUGGGCGGCUCUGUCAGGCUGUGAGGACAUCGCCCAGGCUCUGCUGGAUGCACGAUGUGACCUCAGCGCCAUCAAUGUCCACGGAGACUCACCGCUUCAUGUUGCCGUCCGAGAGAACCACCUGGAGUGUGUGAUGUUGUUCCUGUCUCGUGGAGCCGAUGUCAGUCAGAGGAACAGGGAGGGAGACACAGCUCUGGACUGCUGUGCCUGCGGCUCCAAGGUGUGGACAGCCCUCAGCACCAACAAGAAGCUGACUGACGCCAGGAGGGGACGGGACUGUCUUGGAGAUAAAGUACUGUGCAGGGACAUUUCUCGAGGGUACGAAACUGUUCCAAUCACCUGUGUUAAUGGAGUGGACAGCGAGCCGUGUCCUGAAAACUUUAAAUACAUACCAGACAGCUGUGUCACGUCCCCGCUCAACAUUGACAAGGACAUCACUCACUUACAGCACUGCAGCUGUACAGACGACUGCUCGUCCAGCAGCUGCAUGUGUGGUCAGCUCAGUCUGCGAUGUUGGUAUGACAGCGAGGGUCGAUUACCACUUGACUUCUGUCAGCGGGAGCCGCCAGUGUUGUUUGAGUGUAACCAUGCCUGCUCCUGCUGGAGGACCUGCAGGAACCGAGUGGUCCAGAACGGACUGAGAACCAGGCUGCAGCUCUUUAGGACACACAAGAUGGGCUGGGGAGUGAGGGCGACACAGGAUAUCCCUCAAGGAACAUUCAUUUGCGAGUAUGUCGGGGAGAUUAUCACUGAUGCAGAGGCCAACAAAAGAGAGAAUGACUCUUUCCUCUUCACUCUCGACAAUAAGGUUGGGGACAUCCACUGUAUUGAUGCAAGACUCUUUGGCAACAUCGGCCGCUUCAUCAACCAUCUGUGCGAGCCCAACCUGCUGGCUGUGAAGGUGUUCACCAUGCACCAGGACCUCCGCUUCCCCCGGGUAGCCUUCUUCUCCAGCAGACCCAUCAAAGCUGGAGACCAGAUUGGGUUUGAUUAUGGCGACCACUACUGGAGGGUGAAGAGCAAGUACUUCAGUUGCCAGUGUGGCUCCGUCAAGUGUCGUCACUCAGCUACUUCCAGAUAGAAACUCACCUCAUCAGAAACACUGCCUCGCUAACCACAUAAACGCUAUGAUUAAACCUGUGAUUAGGCUGUAAACUGUAAUGAGAUGUCAAACUGUAAUGAGAUUUUUCCAAUAUUCACCUAAUUUUUAUUUUUUAAGCAGCAAAUGAUAAAUGUGCACAUGAUCUUCUAUAUUUACUGUAAACACCGAGUGAGGUUACUCUUCUGGAAUAGUCGGUUCAGUUUAGCCAGCUUUACAGUCAGGUUAAAACAUUUUUAACUAAUUUGUGGAUAAUUAUGUAAAUUCCAAAGUGGAAUAAUGACACAUUUUGGUAGUCGAUCUUUUCUGUGAACGUGUUUAUUUUUUGUUUUCGUUUUUUUUUUUUUUUUUUUUUACCACACAUCUACUGAGCAAUUAAAUGCCUUUUUAAAGCA